UUUCAGAAAGAAAAUAACCGAAUACAAUAAGAAAUGGCAAGCAGAUUACAUUUCGAAGAGGAUAUAAAAAGCGAUCCCAUUGUUAUAGAAAUAGAAACUUCAGACGAUGAUGUCAUAAUAAACGAUAACAUAGAAAUUAGUGACGAAGACUCAGAUUUAGAAUAUAACAACGUAAACGUCCUGAUCUUAGGACAAAACAAACCAAAGCGAUCUAAUUUAAACCGUAAUAUUUUUGAUAUAAGACAUAAAGUUAAUGGAAUCUCUGAUAGUGAAGACAACGGUGAUGACCGUAAUGGAUCUCAAAUACUUAUUGGACAGAAGAUAGAUGUAGUGGAAAAUAUAAUCGGUGAUAGUUUAAGCUCUAAUGAUAGUAAGGCAUCAAAAACAAGGAAGCGACCGACCGAACUGGAACGGCUUGGAGCAGACGUGAGCAACAGCAGUGCAUCUGCUGAAUAUGAUGUGUACGGAGAUGAAAAUCAGAUAUUUAGGAAAUAUAAAUUUAGGAACCCUGGGCCAGCAUCAACAGAGGAUCCGUUUUCACUGGCAGUAGAACGAGCAGACCAAAGCGAGGACCAUGUUUUAAAAUGUCCCAUAUGUAUGCAGCAAUUCGUCACACUACAGGGUCUGAAGAGCCAUCUACGAUACCAUCGACGCACACAAACGUUCACCUGCUCAUUAUGUUCAAAGAAUUUUAAAACUAAUUCACGGUUAAUCACACAUCGUAACAAACAUGAUAUAAAAAUUUUCCCUUGUAAGCAAUGUGGAAUAGAAUUCUCUAGUUACUGUGAUUAUUUACUACAUACAUAUACACAUAAUAACGAUUUAAUUUUCAAAUGUUUAGAAUGUGAUGCUUUCUUGCAACGAGACUCGUUUGAAACACAUGUCUUGACACAUUUUCAGCAACCGAUGAACGGAGAAUGUGAAGUAAAGACUAUAGACUCAGAUUUUCCUUAUCCAUGUGUAGAAUGUGGUAAGGUGUCUAAGAAUAGGAGAGCUUACAAUUAUCAUUUAAGUAGACAUACCGGUGUGAAGAAAUAUCAGUGUUUAUACUGCGGUAUUGGGUUCCGUUCCAAUAAAGCUAAAGUUGUACAUAUGUUGACACAUACAGGUGACUCUAGGUUUAUAUGUUAUGUUUGUGGGUAUAAAACUAAUGAAUAUGAAGAUUUGUUCAGGCAUAAACAUUGUCAUUUGGAGAAAAGAGGAUACAUGUGUGCGUGUUGUGAGAAAAAUUUUCCUGAAAAAAGGUUUUUAGUUAAUCAUAUGCAUAGUUAUUAUCGCUGUGAUGAUCAGUGAUGAUGGGUUUAUGUUUAAAAGAGAAUUUAACUGCCGUACUCAGAGAUAUUUAA